AUGCAGGAGCUCGUAGAGCUCGCCACGCGCAUCGACAACAGGCUCUGGAACGGCGCCCAGCAGAAAACACGACUCCAACCAACUACGGCCAACAUGAAGAAACACCGGAAUCGCACUAACAAAGACGGCGAUACUUAUAUGACGGACAAAGUUCAGAACAAGGUCAAGAACAAGAAAUCCCAAGGAACGAACCAAGACAAUAUUUCCAAGAAAGAGCGACAGAAACGCUACGAUAACAAAGCAUGCCUCCGAUGCGGAGAAAUGGGACACUUCCGCAGAGGCUGCCCAAAGAACGAAGUUAGGCAGACAGUCGUCAUGGCCGAUAUGAAAAUUUUUCGAACAUCUGAGCUGGAACCCAUAGCAAACACCAAGGACGAGGUCAGCGACAUUGCCGUGUACGACGAAACCCGUCUACCAGGACGGGAACCUUACGUAAAGCUCCCACAGCCGAUUCAGAUGGAGGAGAUCGGAAGCUGGGAUGACCCACAAGACGUCGAAGGGGUACUAUAUGAGGUCGGGGCACUGCAACAGUUAGCCCAAAUGCAGUGUUGGGUAUGCGGAGAUACCAAACACCUAGCCAACGACUGCACACGCCUGGGAAGGAUAGGAACCACAGGCUACAACACACAAAACGCGAUUUACCAGGCCCCUAACCAACAACGGUAUCUUGAGGAAGAGUUACCUGAGGCCUUUGACCAAGGACUUCCUCAAAAGAGCACUUGCACCCGGCACAAACACCUACACUGGGUCGACUGUAAACAGAGAAAGUAUAGCCCGACUCCAUGUACCAAUAUGACCAAGCAGUUCAGUCUUAACGAUCAUUACGAUGGAAAUGAGUAUUCCUGA